AUGCCACGCAGAGUCAGGAAGACGCCAUGGAGUCGCACAGGAUGCAGCACUUGCAAGCGCAGAAGAAAGAAAUGUGAGUUUUACGCCCAUUUAUGUCAGACAUGUCUCCGGCUGGGCCUUGAGUGCGUGCAGUUCGACAUCUUCUGUCCCAUCAACGUCGUCACGCCGACACGCGAUUCUCGGCCGACCAGAGCGGUGACAGACGGCGAGGACCAGGACGAAGCGAGCCACUCAAGCCCAUCCUCGUCGGGUUCGGCUGAUGACGCCGGUGGCUCCAGCGAUGCGGCGGAGUCU